UCCUGCUCUGCUCCAAGUAGAGGGAUUGGUUUAAUCUUUUUUUUAAUAUGAAAUUUAUUGUCAAAUUGGUUUCCAUACAACACCCAGUGCCCAUCCCAACAGGUGCCCUCCUCAAUGCCCAUCACCCACCCUCCCAUCAACCCUCGAGGGAUUGGUUUAAAAUCGAAGCUAAGGAAGGAUAAUCCCCCCGCUGGUCUUGGGACACCAGGGCCAGGGCCAGCGUCACCACAUCCUCUCCAGACGGGUCAUUCCCUUCCCUGCGCACAAGCCGGGGAAAGGUAGUUUGACCGGAAAGGCCUCCCGGGGCCCAGAGGCUGGGUCCCUGGUCCCAGCCCUCCAUGGCCGCCCUCUCCUUCCAGCGUUCCCGAGCACGCGGUCAUGGCGACCCUUCACCGCACAGACUCGACGCUCACAGCCCUGGAUGAGGAGACGCUGUGGGACAUGAUGGAGAGCCACCGCCACAAGAUCGUGAGCAGCAUCUGCCCCAGCCGCCUCACGCCCUACCUGCGCCAGGCGAAGGUGCUGGACCAGCUGGACGAGGAGGAGGUGCUCCACAGCCCCAGGUUCACCAACACGGUCAUGAGAGUCGGGCACUUGCUGGAUUUGCUGAGGACUCGAGGGAAGAAUGGAGCCAUUGCCUUCCUGGAGAGCCUCAAGUUCCACAACCCUGACGUGUACACCCUGGUCACCGGGCUGCAGCCCAAAGGGGACUUCAGCAACUUCAGUGGGCUCAUGGACACGUCCAAGCUGACCGAGUGCCUGGCCGGGGCCAUCGGCAGCCUGCAGGAGGAGCUGGGCCAGGAGAAGGGGCACAAGGAGGCCCUGCGGCGGCGCUGUCGGCAGCUGCAGGAGCGCCUGGGCCGGGCGGAGGCCCGCGUGCGGAGCCUGGGCCAGCUGGAGACCGACCAUGACCGCGUGAAGCGCGAGGUGCUGAAGCUGAAGGACGAGAUGCUCAGCCUGUCGUUGCACCACAGCAACGCGCUGCAGGAGAAGGAGCUGGCGGUCACCCGGUGCCGCGGCCUGCAGGAGGAGCUGUACCUGCUGAAGCAAGAGCUAGAGCGCGAGAAGAUGUCUUCUUCCCACGAGCGGGACUGUCGAGAGCGUUCCCCACAGAUGGCCGACGGCCUGGGGCCCGGGGACAAGGAGCUGACCCGCCUGAAGGAGGAGAACGAGAAGCUCCGGUCGCUGACGUUCAGCCUGGCGGAGAAGGACAUCCUGGAACAGAACCUGGGCGAGGCCCUGGAGGGCACACAGACGCUGGUGGAGCGUAUCCACUCCCUGAGGCAGCGGGCCGUGGCCGCCGAGAGGCAGCGGAAGCAGUACUGGGAGGAGAAGGAGCAGACCUUGCUGCAGUUCCAGAGGACUAAGGUCGACUGUGACAUCUACAAGGAGAAGAUCAGCGCCCUCCAGGGCCAGUUGCUGGAGCUGCAGCGAGAGCGAGACCAGGCCUACUCUGCGAGAGACGCGGCCCGGAUGGAGAUUUCUCAGAGCCUGACAGAGAAGGACGCCCUCCGCAGGAAAGUGUUUGAACUGACAGACCAGGUCUGGGAGCUGCGCCAUCAGCUUCAAGGGCCGCAGGCCGAGUCCCUGCGCGGGCCUGAGCAGGAAGCCGGAGCCCGGGAGCCGUGUCCAAAGGGGAAGCGGCGGCUCGUGCGCAUGUUGGCCAUCUGUCCGCGGGAUGACAGUGACCGCAGCUUCACGGAGUCUCAGCUCUGCUCUGACCUGAGCGCCACAUCCAGCCGUGAGAUGGUGGACAGCUUCCGGUCCAGCAGCCCCAUGCCUCCCAGUCAGCAGUCCCUGUACAAGCGGGCCGCAGAGGACUUCUGGGAAGACCCCUGGUCUUUCAGCAGCUUCCCAGAGACCCUGCAGGUGGACCGGGGACCCUCCCCGGGGGCUAAGGCAGGUGCUACGGACCUGGAUUAUGAGAUUGUAGACCCGGCAGAACUUGCCGACUGUGACAGCCUGCAGCCAUCGUCCGGGGGCCUCUCCGUCUCAGCCAGCAACGUCCCGGUGCGGAGGAGGCCGGCCCGCAAGAUCCUGAGCCAGGUCACCGUGCUGGCCUUCCAGGGGGACGAGCUGCUGGAGCAGAUAAGUGUCAUUGGCGGCAACCUCACGGGCAUCUUCAUUCACCGGGUCACCCCAGGCUCCGCGGCGGACGAGAUGGCCUUGCGCCCGGGCACCCAGAUCAUGAUGGUGGAUUACGAGGCAACGGGGCCCUCGUUCAAGGCCACCCUGGAGGACACAACCCUGGAGCAGGCCGUCGGACUUCUCCGGAGGGUGAACGGCUUCUGCUGCCUGUCUGUGAAGGUCAACAUGGAGGGUUAUAAGAAGUUGGUCCAGGACCUGGAGGCCAAAGUGGCUACCUCGGGGGACUCCUUCUACAUCCGGGUCAACCUGGCCCUGGAGGCGAGGGCGGUGGGGGAGCUGCAGGUGCGAUGCAACGACAUCCUGCAUGUCACCGACACCAUGUUCCGGGGCCGCGGCUGCUGGCACGCCCACCGCGUGGGCCCCUAUAGCACGAAGGGCACGGAGAGGGGCAGCAUCCCCAACUAUGCACGGGCUCAGCAGCUGCUCAUUGCUCUGAUCCAGCGGAGCACCAUCGCCCGCAAGCAGUCUUCCGGGGGAACCCAGAAGCUGGUCCGCAUCGUCAGCGUGGACAGAACCAAGGCCGGCCCUGUGUGCUCAUCCUUUGAGGGGGCCCUGUCGGAGCGCAGCAGGCUGGGAGAGCCCUCCACCACGUGCUUCUGGGCCGAGACCUGCUUCACCCUGGUGCCCUACAGCCUGGUGCGUCCCCACAGGCCCAGCCGGCCCCGGCCCGUGCUCUUCGUGCCCAGGGUGGUCGGCAGGAUCCUGAGCGAGAAGCUGUGUCUCCUCCAGGGGUUUAAGAAGUGCCCAGCAGAGUACUUGAGCCAGGAGGAAUACGAUGCCUCCAGCCAGAGGGGGGACAUCAUCCAGGAGAAGGAGGCAUCCGGUGGCCGCUACUGGGUGACCCGCAGGGCCAUUGAGUCCCUCAUGGAGAAGAACACCCACGCCCUCCUGGAUGUCCGGCUGGACAGCGUCCGUGCCCUCCACAGGUCGGAGAUCUUCCCCAUCAUCGUCCACAUCUCCGUCAACGAGAAGGCGGCCAAGAAACUCAAGAAGGCCCUGCAGCGGCUCAACACCUCGGAGCGGCAGCUCCUGGAGGCGGGCAGGCAGGAGGAGGGCGAGCUGGACGAAGUGCCCUGUCUGUACAGCCACCUGGCCCCCGAUGGCUGGAGUGACCUGGAAACCCUGCUUGGCUGUGUCCGCUUGGCCAUCGCGGACGAGCAGAAGAAGGUUGUGUGGACAGAGAAGAGCCCCCGCUGACGCCCCCGGAGUCCCCUCCAGAAAUUGUGGGGACCCCUGAGUCCCCACAGGAGUCCCUGACAACGUGGCCCUGUGCUGAGUCCCCACAGGAGUCCCCGACAACGUGGCCCUGUGCGUUGAGCUCAGGGCCUCUCAGGCACAGCCCUGGGGGUGCUCACCAAACAAGCCCAGCUCUCCGGGCAUCGGCUCCCCUCUCUCGCCAGGGUCUGACCUUGAACUACAUGCAGGGGACAAUGGGCAUUCGGACCAUCUCCUCCUCCUCCAAGGCUCCGCGUGGUCUGGAACCAGACGCCCCGAGAACAUUUCCGCAGCGGGGGUGUCUCCCGAGCCUUCCCAGAGCUGGAGGCCCCAGAUGUCCAGAAAACCACCUGUCGGACCCGAAUCACUGUACUUCCCUUUGUGCCAAAUUCAAUGUGCCAAAGGGCUUGUUCCAAAGCCACGGUGGCCGCAAGCUGGUAGCCCUGAUGACCCCCACGGUCACUCCCAUCCCUGCCCAGAGCAGAGACACAACCCCUCUUGUGAUGUCAUCCUGGCUAACUUUCUCAGCUCCUGAUGGCAGACAGGUGCCUCAGGAACUCCAAUUUAGAGAGAUGUGUGGAUGUGCUGGGAAGCCUAGUUUCCCAGGGAUGGAAACAGUAUUUUCAGCGGUGCCUGGCGGUUUUGGGGGACCCGUGGGGGGGUCCUCGAGAAGCCUUCCACAGACACAUUGCACGAAUGCCAUCUGGGCUCCCCCUGAGCCUGGGAACUGCCCCCCUCUAACUGGGUACCUCCCCCCCCACCAGCUCCUUCUCCAGAGUAAAGGACCUUUACUCCACCUCCAGAGCUCAGGAGACAUUUGGGCGUGGCUUGGGCAGGGACCCCCAGGGUCCCCUCACCACCCGGCCUUGCCGCCCGCGGUCACAGACUGAAUGGAGUUUUGGCAGCAGCGGCCCUGAGUCUGAGUGCCUCGGGCGGCUGCUCUAGAACUCAGACCGCCAUUAUCGCAAACGAGGUCAGAAAAUGAACUUCUAUGUA